AUGAGUCAACAACCAAACAAUGAAUCAACUGAUCAACAAGUAGCUGAUAACACCGUCGAAGCUGAUCAACAAGAAGAAGCAUCAUCAUCAUCGGAUCAAGGCUCAUGGUGGGGAUCGUGGAGUUCAACAAUAGGAAAUGUUGUGAGAGUGAUGAAUCAACAGACCAAUCAAUUUGGACAACAAUUACAAAAGCUCGUAGAAGAAGAAGAAGGUGAUGAAUCAACAACUCCUACAACAACCGAAGAAAAACAAGUUGAAGAAGAAAAUGGUGAAAUUAAUGAUAAUGGAGGUGAGGCUAAUACUUCCUCUCUCAUUGAACAAACAGAAAAAACCAUUGAAACUUCUUUCAAGAAUGCCGAAAGCACAAUCAAAUCAUUCUUUAGUACAAUUUCAGGGGUGACAAGUACAGUCUAUGCAGAAACAUCACAAUUGGUUGAUGAGACUGUUGAAUUAAAAUUUGUGAAAGGCUUGGCAACUCAAUUCGGAAAAACUGUGCUAAACACUUUGGAAGAGGCUAGCAAGAUUUUAUAUGAUGCUGAGGAGUCUGAUGAUGGAAUUCACAUUUUUGUCAAUUUUAAAGAAUUAUUUAUUGAAUAUGAAGGUUUGAAACAUCUUCAAGAAAUUGCUGCUCUUGCCAAGAAUUGUAAUCAAGAAUUAGAGAAAUAUAUGGAAGAAAGAACUGACCAAGAACGUGAAAAGAUUGAAAAAAUUUUAAGAGAAUUGAGAGAAAUUAUGAUAGAAUCAACCCAAUUUAGUACAAAGGAAGUUGAAGAAAAGAAAUCAAGUUAUCAAUAUAUUGCUAAUCUUCCAGUUGGAAAGGAAGUUAUAGAAAUGACAAAUAGUUCUGUGGAGCUUUCUAAGAAUGCCUACAAUAAUUUGGAAGAUGUUCUUGCUUCUACAACAGAGGUGAGUGAAAUGCUUCAAACCUCAACAAUUUUAUUGGAAAAGAGCAAGGCAGAAUGUUAUAGAUCUCUUGCUAAAUUGGCCUCACUGGCUUCUAAUCAUAUCUUGAUCCUUUCUAAACACUUGAUGGAUUCUAAUAAUUCUGGAAUUCUUCCAAUUCAAUGGAAAGAUACUGAUUCAAACUCUAAGGAUGCUAAACAUGUGGCCACUUUACUUCGUGACUAUUUACUUUUCCUUUAUUCACAAUUAAUAGAAAUCAGUAACCAAUACACUGAAGCUUUAAAGAAGAAUACUCAAAUUGUCGGAAUCAAACUUGAUGAGCAACAAAGAGAAAAACUUGAAGUCCGAGCAAUGAAAAUGGCUUCCAGACUUCACAUCCACAGUGAUAAGGCACUUUCAAUCAUUAUCAGUUGUGAUAAGGAAUUUUUAGACAUUCUCCAAUAUCUUGCUUCUGUCUGGAUUCAAUAA